UUGGGGAUUAGGCACAAAUCACGAGUAGUCACACCACCAUAGCCAAGAGUCGUUUGCCAAUCCAAACCCCCUUAAAAAAAUAAUCCCGAAAUAUCUUCUCUCAUCACUUAUCGAACAAAAGUCUUUUUUUUUUUUUCUCUCUCUCUCCACCCUGCUGUAUUUCUCUCUCUAGUUUCGUCGGCUAGUCCUCCUCUCUCUGUCUUGUUAAUUUUCUUGUUUUUCUCUCAGAUAACGGGAAUACUUCUCUUGGUUUUUGUUAUUUCUGAAAAAAAAACCACGCUCAGAUUGUACCCCACUUCCGUCCUCAGCGCUCUGAUCCGAUUUUUCGUAUUCACGCCCAAUCGGGCAGUUCUAGAGAUGGGUAUAUACCUGAGCACUCCAAAAACUGAGAAGUUAUCUGAGGAUGGUGAGAAUGGCAGGGUUAGAUAUGGUUUAUCAUCCAUGCAAGGAUGGCGCGCAACCAUGGAAGAUGCUCAUGCUGCAUACCCUGAUCUGGAUGCUUCCACUUCGUUUUUUGGUGUUUAUGAUGGCCAUGGAGGUAAGGUAGUUGCAAAGUUUUGUGCCAAGUAUCUUCACCAACAGGUGCUCAAGAAUGAAGCUUAUACAGCUGGAGACUUGGGAACUUCUGUUCAGAAAUCCUUUUUCAGAAUGGAUGAGAUGAUGCGGGGACAGAGAGGGUGGAGGGAAUUAGCUGUUCUAGGAGAUAAAAUAAACAAAUUCACUGGCAUGAUAGAAGGUUUGAUUUGGUCUCCAAGGAGCAGCAGCGAUGGUAAUGACCAUGUUGAUGAUUGGGCAUUUGAGGAGGGCCCUCAUUCUGAUUUUGCUGGACCAACUUCUGGGAGUACAGCCUGUGUCGCAAUUAUUAGAAAUAACCAACUUGUUGUUGCUAAUGCUGGUGAUUCUCGUUGUGUAAUUUCUAGGAAGGGUCAGGCUUACAAUCUGUCUAGAGACCACAAACCUGAUCUCGAGGUCGAGAAAGAGCGAAUUUUAAAAGCUGGUGGUUUUAUCCAUGCAGGCCGAGUCAAUGGAAGUUUAAAUCUUGCAAGAGCCAUAGGUGAUAUGGAAUUCAAGCAGAACAAAUUUUUGCCUCCUGAAAAGCAAAUUGUAACCGCCAAUCCAGAUAUAAACACUGUUGAACUUUGCGAUGAUGAUGAUUUUAUCGUGCUGGCAUGUGAUGGCAUAUGGGAUUGCAUGUCAAGCCAGCAACUAGUAGAUUUUAUACAGGAGCAACUGAUCUCGGAAAGCAAGCUUUCUGCAGUAUGUGAACGAGUACUUGAUAGGUGUUUAGCUCCAUCAACAGCUGGUGGUGAAGGGUGUGACAACAUGACCAUGAUCUUGGUGCAAUUCAAGAAGCCCAUCACGGCCACUCCAUCAGGGGAGCAAUCUUCAUCAUGUAACCAAGCUGAUACUGAACCGAAACCAACAGAGUAAGUCAUCCAUCUUGCAUAGAUGGGUGAAUUUCAUUCGUAUUUAAGAUCCACCCUCACACACGCUUGUUAGAAUUCUGGAAGAUUUCAAUUCUCAGAUUGUCUGUAAUUGUAGAUUGUUUAGCACUACAAUGAAUGAAGAAACACUUGAAAAAAAAAAUAAUAAUGUAUGUUUGUUUCUUUUUGUUUGGUGUGUGUUCAUAGGUUUGAAUUUAUUAUCACUAUAAUAACAUGUACAGGUGAUUUUAAUUA